AUGGGUGUGGCUAUGAAGGAGACUUUGCAAGCAUGCGAAAGACCUGCUGAGGAGGGCGAAAACAAGUUCUGCGCAACAUCGUUGGAGUCCCUGGUUGACUUGAGCACGUCGAAGUUGGGAAGCAAUCGCUUGACUGUGCUGGCCACGAAUGUUUCAAAGAUCAUGUCAAAAUCUGUGAGGCAGGAUUAUACCAUUGUGGGAGUGAAAGACGAGGGCGCAGCAGAGAAGGACGUGUAUUACUGGCACAGUAAACAAUAUGCGUAUGCUGUGUACUACAGCCAUAAGUCGGCAUGUACUUUGGAAGCAGGCAGGAGGAUCGCAAGAGUUUGGGUGAAGGUAGAAGAUGGUAGGACGGUGGAGGCGGUGGCUGUGUGUCACAAGGACACCAGCGCCUGGAUUCCCAACAACAUCCCAUUUAAGGCGCUGAAUGUGAGGCUUGGUACCCCCUCUAUCUGCCUUUUCGUUCCCCAAGGAGACCACCUGUGGCAGACAGCCGACUGA